AAUUUGAUACGGCCAUACUGGCAUUACGCUCCCGUGCAACUGGUGAAGGAAAUGACACCAUCAGCUCCUUAAAGACGCAUAUUAACGGAGGUACUGGGCCGCGAGCAGGUCUGUGCUGAACACGAUGACACAAACAGUGAAUACAAGCUAUGCUUACAGUAUCUAGAGGGGCGUCGCACAAAGACCAGAAACUGAAACGGAUAAUCCCAAUUACUAUGAUUUGUCACCCAAAAGGAAGAGUUUAGUAUAGAACAAUGAAAUACGGAAAGUAUGCAGGAUAUAGCGGCCAUGGGAACAGUGAUCGCUUGUGUUGGUGAUUUCUCUCAAGGAAGGUCGACCAUGAUCGGGAAACAUGUCUUUCACUGUGCAAUUCUGUGGUUCUAUGUAGUUUUUCAAAGUGUUCAAGCUAAAACUACCAGAGUCAACAUGUGCAGGAAAAACAUCAUGAUUCGAAAGCACAUCCACCUUUUCCACGACAUCAAGGGCCUCGAUCCUCAGAUUAAUGACGUCACGUGUCAGUGUAACCUUUAUACUCAGCCAUUCAAAGGUUGCGUCAAUAUGAAAGCACAAAGCGUAGAAGCUCUCGAGCAGCUCCGUGACUGUCGAAUACCCCGGAGUUCUCUGUUUUCUAUGGACAACAGCUCGUGUGUGAUACAAUACCGAGUGAAUGAGGUGUAUGAUGGCUGCACGCACAACGUCACAGUCAUGAUGGCGCCGGACAAAACACUCCAUGAGCCUGUGAAAGACUGGCUAAAUAUUACAGCGACAGAUGAGAGUGGAGUUUACAUCAACUGCAGAUGGACGGGGUCCGUCACAACACUGAUAACUCAAUACCCUACAACCUCAGCAUUUACAGAUAGUGGACAGGAAGAAGAGAAUACAAUAGACCCUGCCGACAACUCUUCUCUGUGUUGGAAUUGUACCACCCCGUCCAACGGCAAUGUCCGUCGUAUCAGGCCCUCUGAAGUCGCACAUCAGAUAGACAUCAUUCUGGCCGUCGCUGCCGGGUUUGUGGCAGUGUUCCUCGUGAUAGCGUACAUCUGCCUGUGUAAAAGUUACAGAAAACAUGGUAAGCUAGAAGUCUACCCAUCUCCUCAACCCACGCCGUGCAACACGCCGGUUAAGAAAGAAAGUGCGCAAGACUCCACCAUGUGCGACAGCGUCUUUGUGGAAACGUGUUCAACAGAGGACGUCUUUGUGGAAACGUGCCAGGCGGAGAUUAAGAAAGAGGACGGCAACUGUGUAGCGACUGCUGACAACAUCGACGACGGAAAUUCUCAGCGAUAUGUGAAGUUUGUAAGGCGAACGUCGGAUGACUGUUACGAUAACGUUGGAUUUAACUCCUAACUAUUGUGUAUCACCUCUGUGCAUAUUUGAACGAUCAGAGUUUUGUGUCUUUUGUCCGGGUUCUGCAGGAAAACACCUCGGCAGUACAUGUAUAUGUGAACAGUAGCUUAAUUUGUAACAACCAGACUUAUUUCCACAGCUCUCUGUGGGGAUUCCAUAUCAGAAUGGGCCCCCAUUAAUCAAUCCUGUCUCCUUUAGGACAUUGCGGGGCAAUAUAGGCCUCCCCAGUAAUCAUGCUUGUCCCCUUUGGGAUAUUUCGGGGCAAGACAGGCCCCCAUGAAGCAUUCUUGUCUCCUCUGGUAUAUUUCGGGGCAGAAUAGGCCUGCAAUAGUUAUUCCUGUGCUUUGGGAUAUUUCGGGGCAAAUACGCCCCCAGCAAUCAUGCCUGUCUCUAUUGGGAUAUACCGGGACAAGAUAGACCCCAGUAAUUAUUGCUGUCUCCUUUGGAAUAUUCCGGGACAAGAUAGACCCCAAGCAAUCAUGUUUGUCUCCUUUGGGACAUUCCGGGACAAGAUAGUCCCCAGCAAUCAUGUUUGUCUCCUUUGGAAUAUUCCGGGACAAGACAGACCCCCAGCAAUCAUGUUUGUCUCCUUUGGGACAUUCGGGGACAAGAUAGACCCCAAGCAAUCAUGUUUGACUCCUUUGGGACAUUCCGGGGCAAGACAGACCCCCAGCAACCAUUCCUGCCCCGCUUCGGGUAAUGAAGCGCAGAAUGGACCCACAGUAAUCAUUCUUGUCACGUUUCCGGGGCAAGACAGGAACCCAGUAAUCAUUCUUGUGAUAGCGCAGGCCGCUGCUCAAGCUGUCAACCGCUGGUCCGCCUGUUCGAGACUUGCUUACUGACAGACCGCCAUGAAUGGUGACUGCGGAUUAAAACAUCAUUUACUCCUUCACUCACCAUUUCGCCAGCAAACUAUAGCAACAGGUAGCCUGCUCUCUCGAGCUGUGUCCAAUCUCCACCAUAACAAACUUAUUUCUCAUAUUGCAGAAUCGUGUCUUGACACCUGAAAUCUGCCUUACACCAUUCCUUGCCAUGCCAAGCUGUAUUAAUACUCAACAGUACAUACAUACAGAUGCGACCUGUUCCACAUUCGUAAACAUUCGUCCCUUUCGGCUUCAUUCGUGACAACUCGUGCUAUUCCGGGAGAAGCCGAAUAGCGACUAGAGCCUCUCUCGUGGCCAAUUCUAAGACUGGAUUCCGUCUCAGCGCAAACGGGCAUAGCUAAAAUAAUUGUCAACUCGAUGCGUAUGAUUCACAUAUAUUUCCUCCAUACAUGAUAUAUAUUCCAGAUGCUAUUCAGAACAUAUCGGGUAUUAUAGUGUAUGAUUGAACACAUUUAACUGUAUCUUGGGUAUAUUUUCAGAUGAAAGAGAUAUGAGAAUUCAAAUAAAUAUUCCUGAGGGAUUCUUUGACCGAGGUACUUGCAGUCAUACACGUAUUCUGAUUGGUUUGUCGUAUUUUCUCGCAUAACAUUCAUCGUUUGGGGGACGAGUCUUCUUGCAGGUUACGGAAAGAGGCGAGUGGUGACGAAUGUUUCAGCUUGUCCCGGACUCACACGAGUGGUCACGAAUGGAAUGUGUGUUAUUGUAUUCAUAAUUUUAUUCCGUGAAGUAUAAAAGUUUGAUAUUGAUAGAGGAGUAGCAACCUCUACUGUAAAUAAACGACAGAAAUAUGA